AACCGGUUGGUGCAGAGAGAGGAAGGACGAGCCAGGAAGAAAGCAAAAAACUGGGUGUUAAGUUUUUAUAUUUAAUAAGUAUAGAUGAUGGAAAAAAUGAAACAUUCAUUUAUUUUCAAGUAUUUUUACAAACUUUAGGCCAUGCAGGCUAUGACACUGAUCAAUUAGGGCAGCUGAAAUUAGACUGUGAUCUUCAAAGAAAGCCUCAUAUGCAAAGACUGGAACCAACCGGGAAUAAAUAAAAUUAUUAGAGAAUUAGGGGCCUAACAUGAAGCCCUGUGGAACGCCUCACAAGAGUGAAAUGGAGGAAAAUACAAGGUUAGAAAAACUUUGGCCUGUUAAGUUAAAUAUCUGAAUCACUCCAGAAUCUCUGAUUCCAACUUCCUGGUCCUGAAGAGGGUAAAACUUUGACUUAAUAUCUGAAUCCAGAAAGUUUAUUUAAAGUACAAGCAUGAUUCAUCUGUUCUUGGUUGGAAAUGUAUCAUAUUAAAGUGGAACUAACGCCGCUCCCAGACAAAUAGGCCCCUCUACUGCCUUUUAUUUCCCUAAAAAUCUGGAAACUGUUUUCUAAAUUACCAAAGAAGCACUCAUUGCUCUGCAGAAACGAUCCAAAAUGGUAAAUGUCUGCACUUGUAGAGCUCUUUAUCAAGAUCAGAAGGCCCCAAAGUGCUUCACGCUACAUUCACUCAUUCACUCGUUCACACACUGAUGGUGGGGAGCUGCUGGAUAGUAGCCACAGCUACAAUAGGUAGACUGACGGAGGUGAGGCUGCAUUGUAGCGGCGCCACCGGGCCCUCUGACCAACACCAGCCCAAUUUAUACAACUUAUCUGCAAAAAAACACAAUUUAGGAUUUGGCUAGCUUAUGACUUUAAUGUAAAGCUCUUCAUUUGAUCCUAAAUCGGUGAAGUUUAUCUAUUAGACAUUCUUUGGAAAUAUUAUUAGAUUCCUCACACAAGUGUAACACAUUUUUGUUUUUAAUUACUCGUUUUUUGGUGUUUUAAGUGAGACUUUGAUGAUUGGGAAAUGGUCAGUGUGAUUUAAAACUUCAGAAAUCCCAAAACAUUAAAGUUUACUAAUCAGUAGAGUCAAGUGGUUUUCUGAAAUCGAAAGAAUUUUUCUUACUUCUCUUUUUCACUCCCUACAGACAACAUUCCUGCUUGCAGAGGUCACUUCAUGCAUGUGACACGGAGAAGAAAAUGUUUGGUUACCACAUAAAAGAAGAUUAAAAAUUAAUCUUUGGAACCAUUUCCUUGUUUGUGUUUUACACAUCAUCAGGCAGAUUUCACUGCUGUCAGCUGAUUGAAUGAUGUGUUUGAGAAACGUCCUACACUGAGAGAGAUGAGCAAUAACCCACAGCAGCAGAUGUGAAAUUAUACAGUAACUAACUUCAGCUUUGAGGUUUUGUUGAAGCCAACAUUAGCUAUUAAAAUAUGAGGAUACAGAGAAUCAGGGCGGUUGGCACAAGCUAAAAAAACGUUGCAUUAAUGAACUUUUACAGGUUGAUCAUGAGACUUGAGUGGUUGAUCAACUGUUUGCAUGACCUGAUUAAAAGUGAAACCAAAAUCAAACCAACGGUUUCUCUGUGUAUUUAAAAGGAAGGCGUCUCUUCUGGGAGGGUUUGGAAGGUGAAGAACGAUAGAAAAGAGACGCCGUCUCCAUCGGAGCGCACGUUUCUCCUACAGCAGAUAAGCUCCUCUUUAGAAACCUGAAGAUGGGGCCUCAUGUGCUGCUGUGGGCCUUAUUUCCUUUGCUGCUGCUCAGCGAGUGCAGAACCGUCGCUGCGAUCAGCGUUAAGGAAGACCUGGCCAAAUGCCUGAACGACACCGACUACGAUGACCUGAUGAACACGAUGAAGCACGGCCUCCCCGCCAUCCAAACGCCUCAUCAUGUUGUCAUAGUCGGAGCCGGCAUGGCUGGACUGACGGCCGCCAAGCUGCUGGAGAAAGCAGGACACCAGGUGACCAUAGUGGAGGCCAGUGGUCGGGUCGGAGGUCGUGUGCAAACCCACAGGAAUGAAAACGAAGGCUGGUACGCCGAUCUGGGCGCCAUGAGGAUCCCCAGUUAUCACUACAUCGUCCGAUCAUUAAUCCAAGAAUUUGGUUUGAAGAUGAAUAAAUUUCGCAUGGUCGACAUGAACACCUUCUACUACGUUCACGGCCUGCUGAAGAAAACGUACUCUGUGAUGCAAGACCCCGACGUUCUGAAGUACAACCUGCCAAAACGAGAACGCCACAUAGCGCCGCUCAAGCUGCUGGAGAUGACUCUGCAAAAGGUCAAAGAAGAGGUCAAGGCUCACGGCUGCAAAGCUAUGCUCAAGAAAUACGACCAUUAUUCUGUUAAGGAAUAUUUGCUCACUGAAGGCGGUCUGAGCGCAGAGGCAGUGAGGAUGAUCGGGGAUUUGCUAAAUGAGAACAGCCUCAUGCAUCUGGCUCUGACUGAGAUGAUCUACAUCGAGAACGACGUCAGCGACGCCACAACGUACGAUGAAAUAACUGGAGGGACGGAUCUUCUGGCUAAAGCCUUCCUGACUGUCCUGGACGCUCCCAUCCUUCUGGACUCCCGGGUGAGGCGGAUCCAGCGGUCACAUAACGGUGUGACUGUGUGGUACCAGAGGGAAAACGAUCCGUCUUUAGAAAGUCUCCAGGCCGACGCUGUGCUGGUAACCACGACGGCCAAAGCUGCCCUCUUCAUAGAGUUCGAUCCGCCUCUCUCCACCAGAAAGAUGGAGGCAAUGCGCGCCGUUCACUAUGAAAGCUCUACCAAAAUCAUCCUCACUUUUAAGGAGAAGUUCUGGACGAAGGACGGCAUCAUAGGAGGGAAGAGCAUCACAGACAGACCCGUUCGCUACACCUACUACCCCAGCCACAGUUUUCCAGGAAACGACAGAAUCGGCGUCCUCCUGGCCUCCUACACCUGGGGCGACGACUCGCGCCUCUUCCAGGGAGCCAGUGACGAGGAGCUGAAGGAGCUGGCCCUCAGGGACCUGAUGCACAUCCACGGCAAGAACAUCCGCGGUCUCUGCACGGGUGUGAUCGUGAAGAAGUGGGAGCUGGAUCCGUACAGCCUGGGUGCGUUCGCUCUGUUCACUCCGUACCAACACAUCGAGUAUUCUGCAGAGCUCUUCAGGCAUGAGGGACACAUUCACUUUGCAGGAGAACACAUGGCUUUUCCUCACGCUUGGAUUGAAACGUCCAUGAAAUCUGCGAUCAGGGCAGCUCAGAAUAUUAAUAACGCCGUCCACAAAGAUUCCUGCAAAACUGAGCUGUGAGACACCAAGUGAUUCUGGGUCAACCUCUCACCUCCUUCACAUUUAACAAAAUGAUGUCAAAUGUGUGCAGGUUGUACGUUUGCAACACAGUUGAUUUACACAAAAUGUGUUUAACUUUGUAAAUGUGGGGGACUGGUUGAGCUUGGAUGACCUCUGGAAACAUUUUUUAAUCUUUAAAAUGAUAACACAAACUUUUUUUUUCUUUUUGUGCUGCACAAACAUUUGACACCAAUUUUGUUUAAUUUGAA